CACCACAUUGCCAUCUUUAAACUGCUAUUUAGCUAGACCAACGCUUCCGAAACUCCUUGUACCGAAGAUUUCGUAAACAGAGAUUCGAUAACCAGGUACUAAAUCCUUCAUCUCUACGGUUCACCCGGUGGUUUGGCUCAGUUUCCCGCGAACCCUAUAAAUACUGUCUUAUAAGUCAAAUUCAACGGCGGUUAGACCCAAACGGGGAAAAGCCGUUGGAUUCUGGUGGAGCUGCGCUAGGUAGAGAGAACAUCGGACCCUGCAACCACUCCUUCUUGUGGUUGAAGGGCGAAGGAAAAAAAGAGAAAAGGGAACCAGUGAUCCCAUUGUCUUGUUCUAUACAUUAUACGCUACGCACACUGUCAUUGCCUCUUCGAAGUUUACGGUCCCUGUUGUACUAAACCCAGAUAUGAGCAUCUACGGAGAACCACCUGUUACAUCUUCCAUUCGCUAGUCUGCUUAUUCUGACUAACGAAUCACGGUCUCCCUUACUUGCCUAUUCAAGUAUAUGACCAAUACCCGAAAAAGAAAUAGACGUCAAGAAUAGAAAAGAGGGCCAGAAAAGCUAGGAACGACGAAAGAGUAGAGCUACGGACAAAGUCGCAGCAAUGCAUCACAGUCAACAACAAUAUCAUCAACCACAACAACAACCCACAUCCGUCCCACAGCCGCCAGUACCUAUAUCGAUCACGAUAUGCGGCGAUGGCGGAUGUGGUAAGUCGUCCAUCACCCUACGGCUAGUCCGGUCCCAAUGGACGUCCGAGUAUGACCCGACCAUCGAAGACAGCUACAGUAUCACGCGGCGAAUCGACGGGACAACAUACCACCUUUCCUUAACCGACACGGCGGGACAGGAAGAAUAUCGAGGCAUGUGGGCAUCUUCUAACCUGAGCGCCGAUGCCUUCCUCCUCGUCUACGACAUCACUUCGAGCGACAGCCUCGAUGCCCUUAACUACUUCAAUGACCUCAUAGAUAUGGAGGCCGAGACGCGGUUAGACAACGCGGCGCGGGCGAAGAGGGCUGGUUUGGGGGCAGGGCAGAGGAGAGGGAGUGCCGGGCUAGGAGGGGCAGGCAGCGGCGCGAGGACGAUACCGCCGGUCAAGAUAGUAGCGGGCAACAAGUGCGAUCUCCAGGAGUCGCGGCAAGUACCGGCAGCACAGGGACUGGAGUGGUCGCGAAAACGCGGGUGCGGUUUCAUGGAGACCAGUGCCCGCCUUGAGGUGAAUAUUGAAGAGACGUUCAAUCUUAUAGUUCGCCGCGUGAUUGAGGGCCGUCGUCUAGCAGAGAUGGGUGUCCUGGACAACACUGAAAUGGACCGUCGCGGUGUUACGAAGCCCCUGACGCCUUUGGGAAAUACCGACGACCGAGAUGGAGAUAUGGAGAAGCCUGGAAGCUCGGGGCUAAUGAGAGGGCCUCGGCUUGGCGAUGGUCAAAGGUUAGGUUUUGGAGGGAGGGGGAAAGACGGAUUCUGGAGGAGUUUACGAUGUUGGUAAGACGGAUUUCGCCCACUUAUCGACUCUUUCACAUCGACCAUUGCUCGGCUACCACACGCGACGGGUGAAUUUCAAGAUGUUUACAGCAAGCCUGCGAAUUGUUGGAAGAUAAACUCGGGGAAACCGAGGAGAGACAUCGAUCCUACGAUAGACUGCGAUGGGUCGGAGGAAGAUCAAUCGAAUAUCGC